AUGGCACCAGACGCGCAGAGAAAUGCAUGUCUCUCAUGUCGCCAGAGAAAGCUCAAAUGCGAUAGGCUACAGCCAUGCGCGAAUUGUGUUGCUCGAUCCGUCGAGUGCACAGAGCAAGACCUGCCUCCUGGCCGAGCAGUCAAGCGACCAUUGCCUCAAGACUCAGACUCUUCAACACUGUCGAGUAUCCUUUCAAGACUAGAUCAGAUCGAGUCUUCCCUCAGGCCCAAUAAAAGAUGCAAGCAUGUCUCUAUAUCGACCCCGAUCGGCGACCAGCUGAAUGCCAUUCGCUUCAACGUGCCUGGCGUCUCGCAAAACCAAGACCCCGCUUCCAAUGACGUUGUUGAGUCGAUGCCUCCUGAGGAUCAAAUGCAAGCAACCAAAUACUCGGUCAAUGACAGCUUCUUAAAAUUGAUCGAACAUCGCCACAUACAACUACCUCCCAAGUGGGAGACAAUACGCCUGUUUCAAGUAUACUUCCAGUACUUGGGCCAUGUCCAGAACAUCAUCUACGAGCCCCACGCACACAGUCUCAUACACGAGGCAUAUGACCAGAUCGUUAAUAUCUCUGCAACAACUGCACCUCGUGGGUUGGCAUUGAUACUGUCUGUCAUAGCACUGGCGACGAUCCUUGAGCCUGUGAAUGGUGACUUGGCUACAGCUAUUCCGAUACUCAAGGAAAGGCUAGCGUUAUUCGCCGCCUACAUUCGAAUGGCGAUGGACUGUCUGGAGCAGCAUCGUCGACGAGCAGAUCACACUCUCGAAAACGUCCAGGCCUUGAUCCUUCUUGGCUUUGGAAUCCAUCAUACCGAGACCUUCUCUCCUCGGUAUCGAGUCUUGAUCGCUGAAGCUAUUGCUGUUUCUCAUAGCCUUGGACUCCAUGUUGUUGACCGAGUAUCUGUAAGGCCGGCCCAGUCCAAGGUUGAUGCGGACCCAAUAACACAAGAGAUAAAGAGAAGAGUUUGGUGGUAUCUUGUUGCAACUGAUUGGGCAUCCUCAAAGGCAGAAGGAACAUCUGGAGCUACUUACCUCAUCCAACCAAACCUAAUCAGGACCAACCUUCCAAGACAUAUUAACGAUGCUGACCUCAGUAGCUCUGAUCGAAAAGAGAGGCCUCUGUCAGAGCCAACCACUAUGUCCUACAAUCUCCAACGCAUCAAAGUCGCCGAGGUAGUUCGCUGCAUUUCCGAUCUGAUGCCACAUGAUCCAGGUGAAGCAUCAUGCGAGCUGAUACUUUCGCUCGAUGCAAAGCUUGAGUCGUUACUACACGAACUCCCAGAAUUCUUCAAGAUGGACAGGUCAGAAUGCGAAGAGGUCAAACAGAAUGACCAGAAGUACCCGCAUACCCCAAUGCAGCGACUGUUGAUCAACCUCCUAAUCAAUAUUUUCCGGUGCGGGCUGCAUUUUCCGUAUAUUCCUGGACGUCUUAACAAGGCUUUACACGCAUUCUCACGGCAGGCUGGCUUGAAAGCUGCUCGAGCUGUCUUGGCUUCACAGCGAGGCAUGAGCAUGACAGAUUUGCUGCACUCUGCAGAUUUCAUGAAGAUACAGGGCACCAUUUUCCACAUGUUUAUUGGGGCGCUUGUUCUCACUACUGAUAUAUGCUGCAACCAGGAUGGCCAGACGCAAUUAUCUGAGCUGAUGGAGGUUAUGAAGAGGCUGGACGAUGUCAAAGAUCAUUCCAGAAUGGCUGCCAAGUUACUAGAAAUUUUAACGCAGUUGUUAGUCUCAUAUGGAGUCUGGUCGCCAUCUACGACUAUCUCUGCAUAUACUGAAGAUGCAGCGCCUCUCGACUUCGGUUUGUCGGGGUCUAAGAGCCAAGAGCUCGAUCAGCUCGAGAUGCCCUUCCUGUUUGAUGAGUUAUGGGAGACAUACAUUGGGCAGCCUGGUGGUUUGGACAUGCUGGAUAUUUUGGAAGCCUAG